AUGAGAGAGAGAAUUAUUUCCAGGCCCGAAUACAAAAAUUACAGAGCUGCUAAUGCAGCUAUCAGAAAUAGAGGCCAUGACAUAGAAAUUGAAUGGCUUGGAGAUGCUGGAUCAUUGAUCAUUAACGGGACUAAUUAUCCUCUUCGAUCUGCCCAUUGGCAUACUCCAUCUGAACACACAAUCCAUGGCAGAAGGUACAACAUGGAGUUGCACUUGGUGCACCAAAGCAUAGACCCUAACGUUAAAAACAAGAUAGCGGUUGUCGGAGUCUUGUACAAUAUUGGAAAACCCAACAAAAUUCUCCGCAAUUAUGCGGAGAAGAAUGCAAGGCCUUUGCAGCCAAGGAAGAGACGAGACAUAUAUCUUUAA